AUGGCCCUGAAAAAUUUUACUGAAGACGAAAACAUAAAAACUGUCCAAGCACUGUACUGCUCGGCUGAAUUUUUCAGAGGUGUAGAGAGCGAGCUUAUAUUCCUUUCAGCUCUAAAUAUUUUUCUUUCCAUCACUGCAUUUCUGGGGAACACUCUGAUCCUAGCUGCUCUGCACAAGGCAACUUCACUUCAUCCGCCGUCCAAACUCCUGUAUCGUAACCUAGCGAUAACUGAUCUCUGUGUUGGUAUCAUUGUGGAGCCAGCGGCUGUGAUUUAUUGGUCUUCCGUUGUGAAGGAAAGAAGGGUCAUUUGCUAUUACGCAAACUGGAUAGCAGUUUUCUCAAGUCAUACUUUGUGUGCAGUGUCUUUAUUAACAUUGACUGCAAUAAGCGUGGACAGACUUCUCGCCUUGUUGCUGGGUCUCAGAUACAGACAAGUUGUAACUUUGAGAAGAACGUUUAUAACUGUGAUUGCUUCUUGGGUUUUUUCCAUUGUUAGUGCGUGCACUAAUUUUUGGAAUCCUCUUAUAUUUUCAUGGUAUAAAUACAUAGGUACAGCUUUGUGUCUAGUCACCACAAUCUUUGCUUACACAAAAAUUUUCGUCACUAUACGUCACAACCAAACUCAUGUGCAUGUUGACCAUGUUCAGAGCCAUGUUUUUCUAAGACAACCGAGCCAAGCAAUUCCACUGAACAUAGCUCGAUACAGAAAGGCAGUGUACAGUGCACUGUGGGUGCAGGGAACAUUGGUUGUUUGUUAUUUGCCGUUUGUUAUCGUUGGCGCUUUGGCUUCUCAAAGAGGCAUUUCUUUAUCCGUUUACCUUGCUUGGCAAUUUACGGGUGCAUUAGUUUUGUUAAACUCGUCAUUAAACCCGUUGCUGUACUGUUGGAAGAUGAGAGAAGUAAGGCAAGCUGUUAAAGAAACAUUAAAGCAAUUGCCCUUUUGUUGGAGUUAGUGUACCGCUAUUCUGUAUACUUUUAACAUUCAUGCGAAAAGUGUGCUAUUGAAGGAUCUUGAUUUCACUAACUACAUGUAACCAUGGUAACACGUACUGUUGUUCUUUUUUUCAUCUUAUCAACUAUUUUAUUUAAAAAAACAAAAGACUGCCAGUCUUAAUGAGUUUGAAAGAUAUGAGAAGUAGAAUUACUCUCUUACGAAUAAAUAGAUAACAAAGAAACAAAAAGGAUGUCAAUGUGUUUAUGAUCAUAUUUAUUUUAACAAUAGAACAACUUUGCUCGUCCAUCACGCUUUUUAAAUUUGUAUAUUUUUUUUUGCCGUCGUUGCACGACUUACGACGUGAAAGUGCCUCUGAUUUCACGUUUUUUGGAGGACGUAAGCACAAGAAAACGACUUCCUCUUUCUUUUUCUGAAUUUGGAAACAGUGUUUAAGAAUUCAACUCCAGAAAAAAUUGUCAACAUUUGCCGAAUUGAACGAGAUGGAAUAAGUGCGACCACCGAAUCGACUAAAGACGGGCUGGUUUGAUUGUAACAGCGGCCAAUAUAAGUGUUCUCUAAAAUCGUAGAGCUACUUGGACGCAAAAUUAUGGAAAACUUUGAAGUUUUUUAAAAACAACUUGAAAUAAAUUGACCUUGUUUUAUUAAGUUUAUCUAAAGAUCAAAGCGACACGAUUUCUCCUUUGCUAAUUAUAUAAAUUUAUAAAUGUAGAUGUAUGAAGCUUGUAUCGCUACCAUACUUAUAUGAAUGAACAAAUUUUAUUUAUUUUGCUGUAUUUUAUUCAUUUUUUAAGUGGAAUACCUGUAAACUAGCUGGUUUUUUAUCGUCGCAGCUUUCCAAAGGCGUCUGCGAUAACAUGUAUUUCUUUCAGUUAUUGUUAACAUUGUUUAGUUCAGUUCCCAUUGGGUCCAUUAGAUUCUUUAUAAACCACUAUUUGUGAAUUUCACACCACUUGACGCCGACCAGUUUAUUCUUGGCUGCUUUUUUCGCUUUCAUAUGUACGAGUUUUAUAGGUUUUACCUAAGUUCAAUUUACUCUUGUGUUGUCGCUUCGCUUAAUAAAAUGAUCUGACUCUGUUUUAGUUUGUUAAUUUUUUGGUUCAGCAAAUCUUGUCAGCACUUAUGAUGUUUCCUUAAUCCAGUCUUUCUUAGGGCUCUGUAUCUGUAUUUUAGCAUAUAUUCCUUGUUUUUGCUGUACCUAUCACUGGUGUAAUAAACUCGAUUACUGGUGCUCUCUCGACGAGGCUAGCCGUGCAUAAACAAAGCUUUUUUAAAUCUCCGGAGACAAAAUGGCCACCUCGUGACAAAUCAGUAUUCGGUUGGUCGAGCUCUCAUUUUUCGUGCUCUCGUGUAGCAUUCGUGUCUUUACUUGAGGUUAACUCUUGGUAAAGGCCCUAAAACAAUCAGUAUAAUACUACCUUGUAGCUUCAUCACUUGUUUAUUUGCGGUCAUAAACGGAGAUGAAAAUUCUUCGAGGGCAAUAACAGGUGUCUAUAAUCGUUUAAAAGCCGAAGUUUCAUCGAUAACCCAUCCGUCAAAAAUAUUGCCUUUUCAAAAAUUAGCAAUGCUUGUAUCCAAGAAGAUGAGGGUAUAUUAAAUGGUUUUAAUAAACUGAGCAUUAAAUACGCAUUUUAAAUUUUAAAACAUUUGCAUUUUGCCUAAAAACAGGUGUUAAAAAAUAACUGAGAACGGGGAUGGGUAGCCUGUGUACAGAUGCCUCCUCCCCUCAACAAGCUAGGGGUGGGGGGCGUGGGGAAAAACACAAAAAAUAGUGUAUCAUGAAAACUUCACAUGAAAAAGAAAAUGGCGCGCAAAAAGAAAAAAAUAAAUAUAAAGCAGGAAGCCGCCCUUCCCCCUCCCCUCCCCGCUUUCCACCCUCCUCCAGUUAAACCACUUAAAAGUAGUACAUGACCUUAUCUUAAUGAGAUUCCCCCGUAUUUUGUUCAUGAGAUAAAGACAAAAGGCUGUAUAUGACGUCAUCGGUGUUAAUGUUUCCAAUAAUGAGAUUUCAUUUCCAAAAAUCUCUUAAUUUCAUCCCUAUACUAAAUUUCUAUCAGUUCUUUCUUUGUGUAAACUCAGAAUAAGUAACAUUAGCAUGCAAAUGAAAGAUGUUAAAAGCGCAUAGACGUUUAAAGCCAGCACUUUCUGAACAUUCAACAUAUUAACGUAAAUAAAAUUGCCUCUCUGAUACUGGUAAAAGCAUCUCUUUUAUGAUUAACACAUCUCACAGGUUGCCCUCCCCAGAGCCCCGCGAGGUUAUGUGAUUGCCUAGUCCCCAGGCUCAUUAGUCCGCGGGGCCAACGCAAACGAAAACGCAUACUAGUAAGAAGGCCUGGGAAGUAAGCAAUUCAAGUUCUGCUGUACACGUAUUUGUUGUGUAUAAGAUGUGGUAACACAGUUGUUUUAGUAAACUACUAUGGGUAUUGAAUACACAAAAACAUUUUGCAUUUUGCCAAACAGGUCACAAAAGAAAGUUUGUAGCAUAUGUCAGAGGGCAUUCGUUUUUGUUUACAAAAAAAUGUUUCCUUUGGCGUGAAAGCAAAUCCACACGACCACAUUUAAAUGUUUUGUAAAAAAGUUCUACCAUCGUACUAUGUAAUAUACCCGAAAAACCUAGCUUUAUUAUGAUAGGGUACAAGAACUUUAUCGGUAAGUACUAACUGUUAAAUAAUGCUUAACCACUUGGACAAACGACCGCGAAGUAAAGCCGGAUCUUGAUACGGUGUUGAUCAGGAUCAGUAAUGAGAAUAAAACGUAAAAGCAAAUGCAAGCUGGCAGCCAAAAGAUAGUUUAUUAUUUAAUUGCCCGAUAGUUUGGUUAGACAUCACUAUCCUUCGUUUGGGGCUACAAAACGCAAUAACAAAUUCUUAUAAAUAAGCGGUUGAAAAAAAAACAACAACGAACAGACGAUAUUUCUCUUCCUCUAUGAGUUGUUGGAAGAAGAAAAAAGGAAAUCUAAAGUACGAAUAAAAAGAAUCUGUGUGUCGAGAAUUUAUUUACUGGGCUAAAAACGUAUACUGUGAUUAACAUAAAAAGCAGUCAGCAGGUGUUCAAAAUGGUUAGGGCCGCUUUGUUAAAAGAAGACAAAUUGAGGUGAUAAUCAAAAUUAGUAGAAAAGUAUUGUUGCCAUCGUGAAUAUCUUUUAUUAUUUUAUACCCAAGCAUUAUUGAUGGUUAUGGGGUUUCGUGCACUUUAACGAAACGUGUGUCCUAAUGGAUAUUGCUAUUUUGCUUUAGUAACGGAUAAGCUGUUGGAAGGAAAUCUAGGGAAAAGAAAAUUAAAAAUGCGAAUAACAAGAAUCUAUAUGUGUCGUGAAUUUUUAUAUACUGAGCUAUAAAACAUAUAUCAACAUAAAAAGCAGUCAGGUGUUUAAAAUGAUUAGGGACGCUCGUUUAAAAAAGGCAUGAGCUGUAAUCAAAACUAUUCUAAAGAAAAUUUUUCUUAGUUGCAAGUUAGAAUGGAUAUCUUUAUUUUAUACCUAAUUAUUAUUGAUAGUUAUGGGGCUCACUCAAUCGAAACCUAUCUCAACCGACCCAAAAACAAACCAGUUUUGCAUGUUUGGACUGUUAAGACUUCCUCUCUACAAGAACUGAACUCUUUGCAAACGUCUGUCAAAGCUGGCCGUGCACGAUUAGCAAUUUAAUUGAUUAACUUUGAUGUUGAAAUAGUUUAUACGUGUACAUAACAAAUAUCGCCCAGUCGAAUAUUUACUAAACGAGAUGUCAUAAUAAGGUUUUCAACAGCGCGCGUUUUGCUUCUCAUACACUGACAGACCCAAAAACUAAAGGCUCUUGCCAAGUUUCUUUUUCCAGCCAUCUGAAUUCGGUUCUUAAUAACUCACAUGUAUUACGCUCUGCUAGGAAAAUUCUGAUGACUCAAGCAUAUUUGUAUGCAGCUUAAUUGUUGGAACUUACAGCGAUGUUAAUGAAGAAAACAUCUUACAGACUUGUUUCACCGACGACUUUAUUAAGACCUAAAAACUGUCAUUAAAAUGGCCAGUAAGUCAGUUUCACCUGGCUCAUUAUAGUUCGACUAAUGUUUGUUUGAAAAACUAGACAACUUUGCUGAAUUCUUUUUCCUCGUGUAGUACGACUAAACACACAUUUAUUUUUUUCCUCAAAGUUUUGUGGAAAAACAACAAAAUUACCGCAGGCCACACAGUUUGGUGUGUUUACCGACUAUCAAGACUUCCUUUACUACUGAAAAUUCAUUAAAAUCGUCAUAGUUUCCUGAACAGGCUCAUUAAAGUUCGGUGUCAGCUUGAAACACUUCUUUAAAGAACAAAAUAAAACUCAUCUCUUUUGUUUUUGUUUGAAACACGGACCGUGGUAAUUACAGGACGAUGUGAAAAUUACAGAAGAAUUAGCAAACAAAAUAACUGCGUCAAAGCACUUGCACUGAGAUGGUCAUGACGUUUUCGGGCAAUUUCCCUUUACCCUCAUUGAGUCCUCAUGUGGAUACCUUUUUUCAGCCAUCUUAACCAUAGGCGUAGUCAGUACGUAGCGCAUUUACACCUGAUUGCAGUGAACAUGUCAUAGAAAAAUGGUAAAGGAGAGAUAAAAAUAGAAAAAGCCAAAUAGGAAUUACAAGUUAGGCCUGCUAAUGAAUCUAGAAAGGAGUCAGAAAGGGAGCAUUUAUUUGCUGCAUAGGCGUUUUGGGGGCAUAGAGGCAAAGACAGUACGCGUAUGUUGAAAAUAAAUUCACCAUAUUUAGUGGUUUAACGGUAAGCCUAAUUAUUUUCGAUUUGUAUUUCCAUUUUUAAUUACAGUUCCUUUUAGCUAAUUCAACUAUGACAACGCUAUUGCAAUUAGGUGUAUAUAUAUCGCAUGUCAAGUUGCCAAUACGCCACCAACAUAAGACCUAAACAGUUUCUGAAAGUUAUUAAAAUCAUCCGUGAGUUUAAGUUUCACCUUUACCAUGACUUACACCUGGCUCAUCACAGUUCGGUCAGUUAGAUUGAAAAAGUACCGAGAAAACUUUGCUCGACUUUUCUUGACCCUGUGAGCUUUUUCUUUUACGUUUAGUGAAAAGUUUUUGCACGUUUAUGUCUCUAUAAAUUCCUUCUGAUCAUUAUUCAUUAAUACGCGACGAAUUAACUCGUAUAGCGGCGUUUAGGUAAAUAGUCUUGACUGUAGAGAUGUCGACAUGAUAUCAGCAUUCACCCAAAUUAAAAUAGUAUAUAUAAAUAAAACUCUCACUUGAAGGUCAUUGCGCCGAAGAGGAAAAUGGCCCUGAAAAAUUUUACUGAAGAUGAAAACCAUAGAACUAUCCGAGAAUUGUCCUGCUCGGCUGAAUUUGUCAGAGGUGUAAAGAGCGAGCUCAUAUUCCUUUCAGCUGUAAAUAUUUUUUUUUUCGUCACUGCAUUUCUGGGGAACACUCUGAUCCUAGUUGCUCUGCACAAGGAAACUUCACUUCAUCCGCCGUCCAGACUCUUGUAUCGUAACCUGGCGUUAACUGAUCUCUGUGUUGGUAUCAUUGUAGAGCCUUUGUUUGUGACUUAUUGGACUUCUGUUGUGAACGAAAGGUGGAAUAUUUGCUAUCACACAAUUUGGGUAGCAACUUUCUCAGGUAUUAUUUUCUGUUUAGUGUCUUUUUUAACAGUGACUGCAAUAAGCGUGGACAGACUUUUCGCCUUGUUGCUGGGGCUCAGAUACAGACAAGUUGUAACUUUUAGAAGAACAUGUAUAACUGUGACUGGUUUUUGGAUUUUGUCCAUCGUCGAUGCAUCUACUCUCUUUUUUAAUCUUCGUAUAACUUCAUGGUGUCUAUACAUAGUUUCAGCUUUGUGUCUGGUCACCACAAUCUUCGCUUACGCAAAAAUUUUCAUUACUCUGCGUCAUAACCAAAUUCAUGUUCAGAACCAUGCUGCUCAAGGACAACCGCGCCAAGCAAUUCCACUGAACAUAGCUCGAUACAGAAAGGCGGUGUACAGUGCACUGUGGGUGCAGGGAACAUUGGUUGUUUGUUAUCUGCCGUAUGUUAUAGUAGCACCUUUGACACUUCAUAGAGGGAUGUCUUUAUCCCUUUACCGUGCUUUGCAUUCUACGGCUACUUUAGUGUAUUUGAACUCGUCAUUAAACCCAUUGCUGUACUGCUGGAAGAUCAGAGAAGUGAGGCAAGCUGUAAAAGAAACAUUAAGGCAACUUUUCUGUCGAUCGAGUUAGUUUUCUACGCUUUGCAUAUGUUGAUUCGUGCUCUGAUAUUUUGCAGUUAAUUGUAAUGUAUUACAUUGUAAGCUUAUUUUAAGAAACAAGGCAUAUCAACUGUUUUUUCAAGGGAAACUUAUAUUAUUCCUGUUGGUUUAAAGAUGUUAUGGUUGUUAUUUAGUGGCAUGAAGUGUAAAUGGCCUUACGAACAAAUAGGUGAGAAAGAAACAAAUAGGAUGUCAGUAUGUUUGUAUUUAGUAAUACAACAACUUUGUACAUUCAUCACGCUUUUUUGUACAAAUUUCUUUGCCGUCGUUGCACGACUACGACGUGAAAGUUACUUAUUUCACUUUUUUGGAGGACGUGAACACAAGAAAAUGAUUUUCUUUUUGUUUUCCUGAAUUUCGAUACAAUACAGUGCUUAAUAAGAAUUCACCUCCAGAAAAAAUUACCAACAUUUGUCGAAUAUUCAACGAGAUGGAAUAAGUGCGACCAAUUGACUAAAGAGUAGAUGGGCGGGUUUUAUCAACAGCGGCGAAUAUAAAAUUUCUCAUGAUACUUCUGUACCCUUUUGAAUAUGUCCAGAGGCCGGCUUUUCAUCGAAUUUCCCAGCUUUAGAUACUCGUAAAAUUCGUCGGAGAGCAUUGUUCUCCGUUACACUGAGAAGGAAGAAGCCAUGUCCAGUAGGUCCUAGCCUGUGUACAGCCGACCCCUGCCCUCUUUUAAAAAACAAAUCUAUCUCUCCCUAUUUUUUUAGGGGAGGGGCGUCUGUGUUCAGGCUAUACUUUCUAGUAGGCCCAAACAGAACUCAAGAGUGUUAAGGUUUGAAUUUUUUAUUAUAGAGGACCCCCAGCAAAGUUUUAAGAUAUCACGCUUGCAGCUCGUUAGAAUAAGUUUGUUUCAGUCGUGGAACUGAGAAAAAUUAACAUUUGACGUGCCCUCCAAUGGGGUACAUUUGUAUAUUAAAACUUCGAAACUCUUCGAAUGUCAAAAUGGCCUUAAGACCGUUCUCAACACGUUUCCGCCUUUUUAAGCGGAAUUCAUUCUAUGCCUUAUCAGUUAUUCGUAUAUUUGUUAAGUCACGUGAGCUGUUUUACUUAACUGACGGUUUCCGAUAGCACAUGGACAUGAUUAAAAGGCGGCAUUCUAAAGCCCUUACUAAGAGCCAUAGUAAAACGAUAAAAUAAGGCGAAUACAGUUUGAUUAAGUAUUAUUCCCCAUUUUCAGUGACAAGUUUUGACCGUUACGAGGCAAAAAUGAGUCAGGUGACUGAGACUUGAAAAGCUCAUCAAAUGAAUGUAAACGUGGAAAGGAACCUGUUUGCCAAGUUUCACAAAGAUGGCGGAGAGGAAUGUUUCUCCUUGAAAUCAAAAUCCACCGAAUUCAUGGUUGAGUCAAAGCCUUAUUGCAUAUGAGAAGAAGAAGGGUGGCUCCAUCAACUGACUGUGUAAUUUAAAGUUGGAUAAAUUAAAAUUUUCACUGAAUGACUAAUGAGAUCUAUUGAUUGUCUCGAACAUCAAAACAUGGCUCGUUGCACCACAGGUGUUGGAGUGCUAAAAGCUAGGCCUCGUCGAAUAACUUCAUCGCUCAAGACUAAUUUUUUUUUUAAUUUUUUUUUUUCUUGAAAAGCCCCACAAGGGAAGAGCUCAGAAUAAUUAAGUAUUUAAAUUUCAGUCUCAAUUAAAGACGCAAGACAUUCUACACCUCCUGUGUUGACUUUACCAAUGGUCAAGUUUUAUUGCGUGGGCCGGCUGCAACGUUGGCUAAUAGCUUAAGCCUGAAAAAAGUAUCCCUUUUUGGUGAAGCCUCUCCCAUCAAACGAUUAAGUACACUCUUCCCCGCGGCUUAUACCGGUACUGAGCUGCUAUAAAAAUUGAGACAUCCGUUAAAACUUCUGAUCAGUGAAGUAGAAAUAAUUGAGGAGCAAAAACCGCUUUUUUUUCAAAAAGGAAUAUGAGGCAAUUACGAUACUUUUUUGGAAAAAUGCUUAAUUUAAGAUGAAGGGUCACCCUGUUUUAAUAAAUAAUUUCCUGAGCAUACAGUCACUAACAUUUGCAUUUUUCCUGACAAAACUGAAGGUCUAAUAGCUGGUCUAAGAAAACGUUAGCAAGCAUUAGAAGGCCUUUAAUUUGUUUACAGUAGAUCAUUUUUUGGAUCUUUACGAACCUCUUCUAGCCUCAUGUCGUCGUCCCAAUAUCUGAACACCUAAACAGGCUAUAACCCCUCCGGUACCCUCUGUAAGAGAUAGGCAGGUGGGCAGUAAUAGUUCGUUUUUUUAAGAGUGAACAAAAGUCCACGUUCGAUAUAUUAAAAUUCUAACAUGACUCCGAGACUCCGAGACUCCAAAACUCCGAGACUUCGAGACUCCAAAACUGCAGGUUUUUUACGACCCCAUUGUCCCGCAAUUCCCGGAAGAGAUUUGAACACAAAGAACACCAAACCAAGUAUGGAAAAAUGACCAGAAAGCCUCGAAGACAUGCAUAUGUUAGAAUUUCAAUAUAUCGCACGUGGGCUAUUGUUCUGUAUGUCGAUCAUCUACGACACCUCUAAUAGUUUUCUGUCUCGUUGCAGGUUCAUAAGACCCGCUUGUUUUUGUUAAAAGGGGUGGUUAUAAACAGUUAUGAAACAAGAAAGAUUAAAAACUUUAAAUUAAAAACAGCGUGCGUUUACCUACUUAGCUCUCUGACAAGAUAAUGCAACCAAUUGGUGAAAAUAGAAUAUUAAAUACCUAUUUUCUCCAAAGACCCCUUAGGUCUGAACAGGGUUAAAAUACCAGGUACUGAUAUCGGCGGGAAUUAACAUAUCCGUAAAGAGUGUUAUUCAUGUUACAUCUUAUUAUAAUAACAGACACCAAAAUUACCGCAGCCCACACAGUUUGACGCGUUUACCGACUGUUAAGACUUCCUUUACUACUGAAAACUCAUUAAAAUCGUCGGUGACUUGGUUAGUCUCACCAGGCUGCCAGUGGUAAAAGUUAAGUUAACGUCAGCUUGAAAAACGUCCCAACUUAUGCUAAACAUCUCUUCCCCUUGUGACAACUUCAAAGAACAAAAUUAAAUUCAGCUCUUUUGUUUUCGUUAGAAACAAGAUCGUGAUGCUUACAGAUUGAAGAAUUAGCAGCGACAGUACCUAGCCUUGGCUAAUUACAUUUAACUUAAUAAAAUAAAAAUAAAAAUAAAAAUAAUAACUUUAAAGAUGAGGGAAUGUUUUUCCUCCUCAUUUAUCCCGCAUUUUAUAUAAGAGUGAUUUUUAAAUGAAGGGUUUGCUUGCACUAAGAUGUUCAUGAUGUUUUCGUCCGUUUUCUUUUUCAUCAUAACGUACCCAAAAUUAAAAGUUACCCUUAUCUUUUCCCAGCCAUUUUAACACGUGUGGUCAGUACGUAAAGCAUAUACACCUAAUUGCAAUAAACGUUUUCUUAGAAAAAUUUAAUUGGGAAGGAGUGAUGGCUCAAGCUUACAUUAAACUUUAAAAAAUCUUGAGUUAUUGGAGUUUCCUUGAAAUUACUGCGAUCUCACGUUGCCAAUGUGCCGCCAACAUAAGACCUAAAAAGUUUAAUUUAAAUCAUCCGUGAGUUUAAGUUUCACUUGUGACAUAACACCUGGCUCAUCAUAGUUUGGUCAGUUAGAUUGAAAAAGCACGGAGACAACUUUGCUCAACCUUUUUUAACCGUGCGAGCUUUCCUUUAAUUUAUUUUUUCAUGUUUAUGCUUUUUGUAAAUUGUUGCUGAAGAAUAAUUGUAAAACUGAGGCGACAAAUAGACAAUAUACACUCACUUGCGGGCCCGGGGUGUUGAGGAGGGGGGUACUCCCUAUAAUAGCCUAUACGGGGAGGCUCCGCCGGAAAGGGCACAGGGUCCAGAGGAGUUUCGUGUAAAUAAAUGAAUUACUUACCUUGAAAAAUGUCUAUACCUGUCGCUUAGCACGAUUAAUUAGCCCAAUGGGAUCUUUAUAAAUCUACUGUAAACGAUUUUUCAGGCUUCAGGUAUACGAAAGGUAGGGAUUUUACUCGUUGAAGUAUACGAAAGGGUAGGGACAUCUGUCAUUUGGGUCUGUGAAAGGGUUCAAAAGGGCUAACAAAUGAAUUUUAUGGCUCAAAGUUGAGAUAACGUUGUAUUUUUGUAAUUGAUUCCUAUUUAAAAGACUGUGCAUUUAAAGCAGUUAAAAGGGAUGCGAAGUUCUAAACUUGGUAUGUAAAAGGGGCACCAUUUGUCAAUAGAAGGUAUACGAAAGGGGCACCCUUUUCUUAAAAAUGGUAUAUUCCGUUAAUAACUCGCUUGUAUUACGCUCUGCUAGGAAAAUUCUGCAUGCAGCUUAAUGUGUUGAAUUGGCCGAAUUGCUGGAACUUACAGCGAUGUUAAUGAAGAAAACGUCAUACAGACUUGUUGCACCGACAACAUAUUAAGACCUAAAAAGUCAUUAAAAUGGCUCGUAAGUCAGUUUCACCUGGCUCAUUAUAGUUCGACUAAUGUUUAACUGUAUGAAAAACUAGACAACCUUGCUGAAUCCUUUUUCCUCGUGUGGUACGACUAAACAUGUAAUUAAUUUUUUUCCUCAAACUUUUGUGGAAAAAGUUGAUAGAAAUUAAAGCAAGAAGAAUUGACAAAGGUGAUUAUCGCACAUCCGUAACAGACAACAAAAUUACCGCAGCCCACACUGUUUGAUGUGUUUGCCGACUGUCAAGACUUCCUUAAAAAAAAUUAUAAAAAUUACAAAAAAAUUAAACAUAUAUAACAAUUAAAGCUGAAUUAAUCUUAGCUUAGAUUGAAGAAGUACCGAGACAACUUUGCUCGACCUUUCUUGGCCCUGAGAGCUUUUUUCUUUUACGUUUAGUUAAUAUAGUUUUUGCACGUUUAUGACUCUAUAAAUUACUUCCGAUCGUUAUUUAUUAAUACGUGAUAAAUUAACGUAUACAGCCAGUUUAGGUAAAUAGUCUUGACUGUAGAGAUGUCGAAAUGAUAUCAGCUUUCACCCAAAGUUAUAAAAGUAUAUGUAAAUAAAACUCUCACUUGCAGAUCACUGCGCCGAAGAGGAAAAUGGCCCUCAAAAAUUUUACUCAAGACGAAAACCAUAAAACUGUCCAAGAACUGUUCUGCUCGGCAGAAUUUAUCAGAGGUGUAGAUGGCGAACUUAUUUUCCUUUCAGCUCUUAAUAUUUUUCUUUCCAUCACUGCAUUUCUGGGAAACACUCUGAUCCUAGUUGCUCUGCACAAGGAAACUUCACUUCAUCCGCCGUCUAAACUCCUGUAUCGUAACCUAGCGAUAACUGAUUUCUGUGUUGGUAUCAUUGCAGAGCCUUUGCUUGUGACUUAUUUUACUUCUGUUGUGAACGAAAGAUGGGAUAUUUGCUAUUACGCAGAUUGGGCAGCAAGUUUCUCAGGUUUAUUUUUGUGUGUAGUGUCUUUAUUAACAAUGACUGCAAUAAGUGUGGACAGACUUCUCGCCUUGUUGCUGGGGCUCAGAUACAGACAAGUUGUAACUUAUAGAAGAACAUGUAUAACUGUGACUGGUUUUUGGAUUUUGUCCAUCGUCGGCGCAUCUACUCUCUUUUGGAAUCGUCUUAUAACUUCAUGGUUUCAAUACAAAGUUGCAGCUUUGUGUCUAGUCACCACAACCGUCGCUUACACUAAAAUUUUCUGUACUCUGCGUCAUAACCAAAUUCAUGUUCAGAACCAUGUUGAUCAAGUACAACCGAGCCAAGCAAUUCCAUUGAACAUAGCUCGAUACAGAAAGGCAGUGUACAGUGCACUGUGGGUGAAGGGAACAUUGGUUAUUUGUUAUCUGCCGUAUGUUGUAGUAGUAGCUUUGCAGCCUCAGAGAGGGAUGUCUUUAUCCAUUUACCGUGCUCAGCAAUUUACGGCUACUUUACUGUAUUCGAACUCGUCAUUAAACCCGUUGUUGUACUGCUGGAAGAUCAGAGAAGCAAGGCAAGCUGUAAAAGUAACAUUAAGGCAACUUUUCUGUCGAUCGAGUUAG